CAACCCUUCAGCCUAACACUGCUCAAAUGGCCACAAGGACUACAGCAUCAGGCAAGCCAGCGAGGCAACUUGGAGACCUCCUCCAAGAACAGCAAGAACCUUUCAUCUUAAAGGUUUACCUUACAGAAAGAGGGUGUAUGAGAAAGAACUUAAAUUCAGGAGCUAAAUUCAUUGGCUGCCACGGCAAUUCAUGCAAGUUUCUAAAGAAGUCUGGUAGUCAAGACAAGAGCAAGAAGUGUAUUCCCCAAUUCCCCAAGGUACUUAAAGUUGUAUGUAACAAGCUCUUUACAAUUGAAGGCUUUAGAAGCAAGAAUUCUGCUGAUGAAGAUGGAAAGCUUAACGUCGCUGAGAUGGACCGAAAUAACCAAGAUACUGAAGAGCCUGAUAGAUUUUCCUCUGCUAGCAGCACAACAGUGUUUAAUUCAUGCUCAGAUAGUGAUAUAGAUGAACCAUCCAUGUUUGCUGACAAUACCAAGUCUUUCAAACCCUACGAUCAAAGCGAAAAGAAGGCUGCUGCAGAUACGAAGUUUCAAUGGAGUUGCGUGGAAGACAGUAAACAGCACAGCCCUGUGUCAGUGUUAGAAGAUACAUCUACUUCAAGAGGCUCCCCACUUGAUAACACAAGGCCGGUUUCCAGCGCAAGGCAGAAAAGUUUCUUCUUGCCUAAGCUAAUAACGGAAGACUCAAUAUUGUCUGCUUCGCUCUGGAAUUUAUUUCUUCAAACCACACCAGGGAAAUCAAGUUGCGCAGGAUUAACAGAACUACAAGAGCCUGACUUGUCUAAUUCUUCCCGGUUUUCAAUAUCGAAAAGGGUUUUGCAGCAAACAAAGCAGCUCCUAUUCGACUGUGUUAGGGAGUUGGAAGAUAGCCAUGAUAGGGAAGAAAAAGGCAAAGAGUUUUUAGGGUCUGAGGAGAUUGGGAAGCUCAUCUGUGGGAAAAUUAAGGGACGGGGAAAACGAUGUGGAGAUGAAUCAAACAUAAAGCAAUGGUUGAAAUCAGAUAUAACGGAUCCAACUCAGGAAUGGAGCGAUCUUGAAACUCAGAAGAGGGACAUCGGGCUAGUGAUUGGAAACGCCAUUUUAGAGGAGAUCACUAGUCUAGUUGUCAUGGACAUGGUUAAUUAAUGUCCUAGCUAAGAUGUAAUUGCUAGCUUCGGAAUUCAAUUUCCUUAUCUAAUUUCAAUUAUUUUACUCACA